CACUAAGAUGACGGCGACGACAAUGUCAAAUAUAAAUAAACCUCGACGAUAUCGGGGGUUUACCAUCGCUUCACUAAUAGGAAGUGACUCGGACGCACAGACGGAAAAACUGACAGAAUCGCCUAUAAUCGACAGCGUUCCUAAAACGAAUUUACCCGGAAAGUGUUCACGCAGGCGUGAACAUGACUCGGAUUCGGACACUGACAAAAAUUCGGACAGUGUUAUGGAAAGAAAAGAACGCGAUAUUUUACAAACGCAGAUACUUUUACACAAUCACGAACGGUUGCGAAUGAAAGAAUUUCAAGCACAAAGUGAUUUAGACAGUUCCAUGGGGAGACGAACUUCAUCUUCACUACACAGAGACUCCGUUAGAGAUUUUAACUUUUCUAGUGCAAGCGUCCGUGAGGGCGUUCGGGCGCCGGCCUCGCCAGACACUUUAAGACAUUUACACGAAUCUUUUUUACAAAACGGGGCAUUAAACGCCGGCGCCAACAGUCAUAUUCAUCUCGGAAACCUCGAUACUCAGCGUCAUUUCCGGCAUCCCAUGGCAGGCGCCGGAAUACCCGGUUUUCCGGCGGGCCAGAUGCCCAUGGGUCCCCAGCUCCACCCUAUGCUGAUGGGAGGGGGGCGGGACCUCAGACACUUAUACCCCUACAUGGCCGACCGCUACCCGGGAUGUUUUUUGCCAAGAUACGGAAUGGGCGGCAUGCCGGGACUCUUCUUCCAGCCGUACCGGAAGCCGAAGCGUAUCCGCACCGCGUUCUCGCCCUCCCAGCUGCUGCAGCUGGAGAAAUCCUUCGAGAAGAGCCACUAUGUGGUCGGGCAGGAGCGCAAGGACCUCGCCAAUGAGCUUCAGCUUACGGAGACGCAGGUAAAAGUUUGGUUCCAGAACCGGAGGACAAAGUACAAGCGGAGCAAAGGUGAACACGACGGAAGUGGCUCUGGCGAUGACCGGAAGUCCCCAUUUAAUGACUCUAAAGACGAAAGUGACGUCAGUGAUAGCGACGAAAUAGAUGACGUAGGCGACGAGUAUCCGAUGGAUACGUAUCAGCACGCGAUACAAACGUGCUAAUUCGGAUGAUGAGUGUUUCGGAGGUUGGAUGUUAAAGAGUUAAUGCUCGGAUAUGUGUAAUAAAGAAAAUGAAAGUGGUGCAUUUGUGUUAUCUGUGGUAGAUUCAAAUUAUUGUGUUCAACUUUGAAUGCAAUUCUUAUGUUACUAGAUAAUGUGCUAAAACAGUUGUUUUGUUAAAUGUACAUACUACUUUGUUUCUGUUUAUUUAGCAAAUUGAUGUUUUAUACGGGUUAAAAUAUAUUGUUAUAGUAAGAAGUGAAUAACUAUAAAUGAAUGUAUAAAAAAGUGUGAAGGUUGUAGACGAUUCCAACCACAGUCAAAAAUGUGGAGAGACACAAGCCCAAAAGAUACUGCGUCACAGUCAGAGUUUAUUGUAAAUGUAGUUGUCAUUUUAAUUCUAUUCUAUUUGUAAGUUCCAUUAUAUGUAAAGCAUAUAUAUGUGAUCAUAUUUAUGUUUAUUCAUGGUCGAAAAAAACAAGUUCUCCUAAA